AUCAUGAUGGAUGGCAAUCUCGCCGAAUCCAUAGUUUCCCAAUUACCCGGAUCGAAGUACGCUUCAUCUUUAGAACUUCGAGAUGAAAUUUACGUUGACACUUACACGAUACCGUGUGACAUCGAUACAAACAUGGGUCCGUUGGAAUUCGAGAUAGAGGGGAAAAGAUUUUUGAUGCCCAUUGAAGAUUUGAUUUUCAAUCAGUUGGAAGAUGACCCCGAGACUUGCGUUUUAGGCAUCACCGCAGAGUUUAUGCACGAGCCCACCUCGUAUCGGUAUUGCUCAUAG